AGGAGCUGGGGAGUGCUCCCCACGCCCAGCCUAGCUCUCUGCUGGCCAGGCUGACCUUCUCCCCCUCACCCUCAGCCUAAGACAGGCCCAUGGAGCUCUGGGGCUGGGGAGGGGCCGAGGAAUGUACCUGGCAUGUGCUGACAGGGGAUUUCUCACUCCAGCUGCACUGGGAGGAGCCUGCUGGGCACAGGCUGGAACUGGAGGGACCCCAGGGUGAGCUCAGGCUGGGUCAGAGGAUAGGACCCAAUUCUGCCUCGGAUGACAGUCUCGCUCUCCUGGACUGUGAGUGGUGAGAGAAAGGAGAGCAGGGCUGUGGGGUGGCAGGAGAGAAGAGAGAGAGAGAGAGAGAGAGAGAGAGAGAGAGAGAGAGAGAGACUGUCAGGGUGAGGAGAGAGAGGGAGAGAAAGAGGGAGAGAGGGAGAGACAACGACAGAUCAGCGGUGGGGUGGGAGACUCAGAAAAAACCUUAGAGAGAGAGAGAGGCAGGGAGGGAAACUCAGAGAGAGCCUUGGGGAGACAGAGAGGAAGAGAGACAGAUAAAGAGACAUUUACGAGGAGAGAGGAAAAGAGAGAGAGACAGAAAGAAGAGACAAAAAGGAAGCUGGGAGACUGUGGGCCCCAAGACUGGGACCCAGAGAGAGACAGCAGCCGACGCAGGUGGCAGGCAACGAGCACUGUGUGUGCCAUGGUCAGGGGACUUGAGGUGGCCCUGAGGACCCCCAUCGGGGAUGCACUGCUGCUCAUGGGGCUACUGACCACAGGCCUGGUCCAGUCGUCGGUCCCUGCCUCGGCCCCCCGAGGCUUCUGGGCCCUGCCUGCAAACCUGACUGCCGUGGAAGGGGCUGAGGCGGAGCUGCAGUGUGGGGUCAGUGCCCCCGGCAGCGCCGUACAAUGGGCCAAAGAUGGGUUACUCCUAGGCCCUGAUCCUAGGAUCCCAGGCUUCCCAAGGUACCGCCUGGAAGGGGAUCCCGCUAAAGGUGAAUUCCACCUGCACAUUGAAGCGUGCGACCUCAGUGACGAUGCGGAGUAUGAGUGCCAGGUCGGCCGAUCUGAGAUGGGGCCGGAGCUCGUGUCUCCCAGAGUGGUCCUCUCCAUCCUGGUUCCUCCCAAGGUGCUGCAGCUGACCCCUGAAGCAGGGAGCACCGUCACCUGGGUAGCUGGACAGGAGUAUGUGGUCAGCUGUGUGUCCCCGGACGCAAAGCCAGCACCUGAGAUCACCUUCCUCCAGAGUGGACAAACAGUGUCGGACAUCUCCGCUAACGUGAAUGACGGGUCCCAGGAGAAGCUCUUCACCACAGAGGCCACGGCCAGGGUGAUACCCCAGAGCUCGGAUAAUGGGCAGUUACUGGUCUGUGAGAGCUCCAGCCCAGCCCUGGACACGCCCCUCAGGGCCUCAGUCACCAUGAACGUGCUGUUCCCUCCAGGAGCCCCUGUCAUCGAGUGGCCGGGCCUGAAUGAGGGACAUGUGCGGGCAGGGCAGAGUUUGGAGCUGCCGUGCGUGGCCCGAGGCGGGAAUCCACCAGCUACGCUGCAGUGGCUGAAGAAUGGCCAGCCCUUGUCCACAGCGUGGGGCACGGAGCACGUCCAGGCGGUGGCACGAAGCGUGCUGGUGAUGACGGUGUGGCCCGAAGACCACGGCGCGCGGCUCAGCUGUGAGGCCUCUAACAGUGUCUCCGCGGGGACCCGGGAGCAAAGUGUCACACUGCAAGUCACCUUUCCCCCCAGUGCUAUCACCAUCCUGGGUUCUGCAUCCCAGUCUGAGAACAAGAAUGUCACGCUGUCCUGUAUCACCAAGUCCAGUCGCCCGCGGGUCCUACUGCAGUGGUGGCUGGGCGGGCGGCAGCUGCUUCCCACGGAGGAGACGGUCAUGGAUGGCCUGCACGGCGGCCACAUCUCCAUGUCUAACCUGACGUACCUGGUGCGGCGGGAGGAUAACGGUCUCACCCUCACCUGUGAGGCCUUCAGCGAGGCCUUCACUAAGGAGACCUUCAAGAAGUCGCUCACCCUGAGUGUGAAAUAUCCUGCCCAGAAGCUGUGGAUCGAGGGACCCCCUGAGGGGCAGCUCCUGCGGACAGGGACCCGGGUGAGGCUGAUGUGUUUGGCCAUUGGAGGCAACCCGGACCCCGCCCUCACCUGGCUCAAGGACUCGCGCACCGUGACGGAGCCGCGGCUGCCCCAGGAGCCGCGGCGCGUGCAGCUGGGAAGUCUGGAGAAGUCGGGCAGCACUUUCUCCCGCGAGCUGGUGCUGGUCAUAGGGCCGUCGGACAACAAGGCCACGUUCACGUGCAAGGCGGGCCAGCUCAGCGCGUCCACGAGGCUCGUGGUGCAAUUUCCCCCAACGAACCUGACGAUCCUGGCCAACGCGUCGGCGCUGCGCCCAGGGGACGCCUUAAACUUGACGUGCAUCAGCAUCAGCAGCAACCCACCGGUGAACUUGUCCUGGGACAAAGAGGGGGAGGGGCUGGAAAGCGUGGCCGGACUGCCCCAGAAAGCGCCGUUCAAAGGCUCAGCUGCAGCCAGGAGCGUCUUUCUCAGAGUGACAUCCCGCGACCACGGCCACCAUGUGACCUGCCGCGCGCACAGCGCCGAGCUCCGCGAAACCGUGAGCUCCUUCUACCGCCUCAAUGUGCUGUACCCUCCUGAGUUCCUGGGGGAGCAAGUGCUCGAGGUGACCGCGGUGGAGCAGGGCGAGGCCCUGCUGCCUGUGUCCGUGUCCGCUAACCCUGCCCCCGAGGCCUUCAACUGGACUUUCCGUGGCUAUCGCCUCAGCCCAGCUGGCGGCCCUCGGCAUCGCAUCCUGUCCAGUGGGGCUCUGCAGCUCUGGAACGUGACCCGUGCGGACGGUGGCCUCUAUCAGCUCCACUGUCAGAACUCAGAGGGCACCGCUGAAGCGCUGGUGCGGCUGGACGUGCACUAUGCUCCCAUCAUCCGCGCCCUCCAGGACCCCACUGAGGUGGAUGUCGGGGGUUCUGUGGACCUAGUCUGCACUGUCGAUGCCAAUCCCAUCCUCCCAGAUAUGUUCAGCUGGGAGAGGCUGGGGGAAGAGGAGGAGGACCAGAGCCUGGAUGACAUGGAGAAGAUCUCAAAGGGGUCCACGGGGCGUCUGAGGAUUCUCCACGCCGAACUGGCCCAGGCUGGUGCAUACCAGUGCGUGGUGGACAAUGGGGUGGCACCUCCAGCCAGAGGGCUGGUCCGUCUUGUUGUCAGAUAUGCCCCGCAGGUAGAGCAUCCCGCGCCUCUCACUAAAGUGGCCGCAGCUGGAGACAGCACUAGCUCUGCCACCCUCCACUGCCGUGCCCGAGCUGUCCCCAAUGUCGUCUUCACCUGGACGAAAAAUGGGGUCCCUCUGGAUCUCCAGGAUCCCAGGUACACGGAGCACACGUACCACCAGGGUGGGGUCCACAGCAGUCUCCUGACCAUUGCCAACGUGUCUGCAGCCCACGACUAUGCUCUCUUCACGUGCACGGCCACCAAUCCCCUGGGCUCGGAUCAGACCAACAUUCAACUCGUCAGCAUCAGCCGUCCUGACCCCCCCUCGGGACUGAAGGUCGUGAGCCUGACCCCACACUCGGUGGGGCUGGAGUGGAAACCCGGCUUUGAUGGGGGCCUGCCACAGAAGUUCCGCAUCAGGUAUGAGGCCCUGGACACUCCAGGGUUCCUCUACAUGGAUGUUCUGCCAGCCCAGGCCACUGCUUUUACCCUGACUGGGCUGCAGCCUUCUACACGCUACAGGCUCUGGCUGCUGGCCAGCAAUGCGCUGGGAGACAGUGGACUCGCUGACAAGGGGAUUCAGCUCUCUCUGACUACUCCAGGCUUGGACCACCCCUCUGGAAUACCGGACCACCAGCCGCCCACAGAGCAGCCUGCAGGGCCCCCGGGGCUGCGCCUGCUGCCUGUGCUUUUCGCCGUGGGAGGUCUGCUGCUGCUUUCCAACGCCUCCUGUGUUGUGGGAGUGCUCUGGUGGCGGAGACAGAGGCGUGCCUCGGAGGGUACCUCAGAGAAGACAGAGGCAGGGACGGAGGAGGACCGAGUCGGGAAUGAAUACGAGGAGAGCCAGGGGACCGGGGACAGGGACACUCAGAGCUCCACGGUUAGCACCGCGGAGGGAGAACCAUAUUACCACUCCAUGCGGGACUUCAGCCCCCGGCUGCCCCCCACCCUGGAGGAGGUGUCCUCCCCUCGAGGCCUCGUGGGUUUUGAAGAUGAAGGCAUGGCCUUUCCUGGGCACCUGUAUGAUGAGGUGGAACGAAUGCACAUCCCAUCUGGGAGCUGGGGACCCCUCUACGAUGAAGUACAGAUGGACCCCUAUGACCACCGCUGGCCUGAGGACAAGUACGAGGACCUAAGAGGAAUCUACGACCAGGUGGCAGGAGAUGUGGACACCCUGGGACCUGAUUCUCUACCCUUUGAUCUCAGGGGAGAGCUGGUGUGAGAGCUUCCUCAGUACCCUUCUCCUAGACCUGCAGGACACCCUGUGGUCCUUUUCAUCCAAGCAUGGCCUGAGUUUGUUCAGUGAGCCCCAUAAGACACAAAGGGGGCGGGGCCUGGGCCUUUCCCGGAGAGGACAUGGAGGGAGUGUGCAAAUGACAGAAGAUGAUUCAGUUGGCCUCAAAGUAUAAACAGAGUUCUCCUUGGGGCUGUCCUUAGAAGCUAAACUGCUCCAAACAGACAGUGAGUUGGAAAUGACAUCUCAAAAAUGAAAAGCUGUUCUGGGGGUCUUUAUUUCAAAGCAGAAUUUUCACAAGUGGAGAAAGAAAUAGCUAAGACCUCAGUUCAUUUUGAGUUCCGUUACAUCAGAAACAUAAUAACAAGUCGGAUAAUAAGGGCCAUUGUUAUGUCCUAUCUAUUUGUAUUACUUUCUAUGGUUAUGUAAAAUGUGAUGUAUAAACUAUGGCACACAUGUAGACAUUAUUAUUUCUAUAGAAAAUGAACAGAUUCUAUUAAAAGGAGCUAUUUACAAAAGAAUGUAUUUUAUCUGAUGUCAUUUAUAGAAAUUCUAGAACAGAGAACACUAACUUAUGGGGCCAGAGAGCAGAUUAUGGCUGCCUGGGGCUGUGAAAUGGCAAAUUGCAAAGAAGGCACGAGGGAGUUUUGGGGAUGAUAGAAAUAUUCUAUAUCAUGAUGUGGUGAUGGUGACAUGGGCUCACAGAUUUGCCAAAACUCCUUGAACUAUAACACCUAAAAUGGAUUUUACUGUAUAUACAUCAUGCCUCAAUAAAGAUGACUUUUA